GACGCGCCGCGGGAUCUCCGAACCGCGGUCGCGACCAUGGGGAACGCCGCGGUCGCGUCGACGGAGCCCGUCUCCGUCGCGCGAACGCAGGUCAUGCCGACGGUCUCGCCGUGGAAUCUCGCGGGCAUGGCGACCGCGUUUGUGCUUCUCAACCGCGCGAUCCAGCGCGUGAUCCCCGGGAUCAGCGUCGGGGUACCGAACGCGGACGGGAGCGUCGAGUCCGUGGACGAAUCGCACGCGCGAAUGGCGUUCGUGGUCUUUACCGCCGCGCUCUUCUUCAACGUGAACGCCGCGGCGUUUUCGAUCCACGACUCGAAGCGCAAGCUGAACCUCCAGGUCGCGUACAUCUCCACGAUCGCCGCGUACACGCACUACGAGAUGGCCGAGGGGAGGGACUGGUACGUCAACACCUUCGGCCCGUCAGGAGAGGUGGUGUCCGGACUGCGGCAACUGGAGUGGGCGUGCACGACGCCGAUACUCCUCCUCCUCGUCCAGAACCUCCACGCGUUCGUAUUCGCCGCGCUCCCGAGAGCGAUGGGCCCGAAGAAGACGUCGCUGACGACGACGCGCGAUGGGACGACGAAGGCCGCGAACGCCAUCGCGCCGUACGUCCCGGUGAAUAGAAUCGCGUUGAUACUCGCGGACGAGCUGAUGAUCUUGUGCGGCCUCGUCGCGCCGCUCACGCGCGGGCUCGAGCGAUUCGCGUUCCUCUCCGUCGCGAUGGCGUGCUUUGGGUUCAUCAUCUACCACUCGCUGUUCGCGCUCGUGGACAUCACGCGCAGAGCGGACGGGUUGUCCGUCGCGGACGCGGGGCGCGUGAAGUGCAUCGCGGCGCUGAAGAUGAUCGCGUGGACGGUGUAUCCGGCGGUGUAUUUCGCGGUCUUGUUCGGGGUCAUGACGCCGGCGCGGCAGCACGAAAUUUACCUGUACAACGACGUGCUCACGAAGUUUAGUUAUUCGCUCGUGAUCUCCGCGGGGUCGAUGCGGUUCGUCGAGAUGGUGGACCAGAAGAGGACGCAGCUCACGGCGCACAUGGCGGGGAUGCAGCGAACGUUCUUUUUCAACAUCACGCACGAACUCCGCACGCCGCUCAACUCCAUCAUAGGGUUCAACACGCUCGCGAUGGAGAGCGGCGAGCUCACGGAGUUCACGGAGAGCUUCAUCAAGGCGUCGCUGACGUCCGCGGAGGCGCUGCUGUCGCUCAUCAACCAGAUUCUGGACGUCGCGAAGUUUGAAGGGGCGAAGGACGCGGGCUCGAGCGACGGUCCCGCGAUCGAGCUCAGCGAAGACGUCUUCACGCUGCGACAGCUUAUCGAACAGGUCACGGACAUCUCGCAGAAGGCGAGUAGCAGCGGCGUGGACCUCGUGAUUCACAUCGAGCACCCGGAGCACUUCAACACGAAGUUUGUCGGGGAUUUCUUCCGCCUGCGGCAGUGCUGCGUGAACCUCGUCGACAACGCGAUCAAAUACUCGAGCAACGUCCAAGGCCGGAGUUCGCUCGUGGAGUUCACGAUGAGCAUCUGCAGGGCGCGGGGUCAGCGCGCGGGGUCGGCGCGGGGUGAGCGCGGUGGGGGCGACUCCCGCGGUCAACGCGAUCAACAAAGCGAGAAGGGAGACGAGUCGAUUUUUGACGACGUUCGCGACGUCUCGGGCAUCACGUUUAGCGUCAAGGACAACGGCGUCGGGAUCCCCGCGGCGAAGCAGCAUAAUCUGUUCGUGCCGUUCUCGCAGCCCGCGGACCACAAGGCGGCGAAAGAGAAGGGCACCGGGCUCGGGUUGGUCAUCACGAAGAACAUCAUCGAGUGCAUGGGCGGCGAGAUUGAGUUCGAAUCGAAAGAGGACGAGGGGACGAAGUUCUUCUUCACCGUGGAUUUCAAACACGCGCGGCUCAGCGCGGUGGAUUACGAGGAGGAGUUCGAAGGCGCGACCGACCUCGGGUUCGGGUCCGCCGUGUCAGGCGGAGGCCUCGACACCGAGCACGAGCAGAGCCUCCCCGCGAACGCGCGGGUGGUGUUGCACCCGGGGAUGAGCGCGUCGAGCCGAAAGCACGUCGUGAACAUUCUGAAGUGCUUCGGCGGGCGCGCGGGCGUCAACUACGUCAGCGUCCCGUCCGCGGACAAGCUCGCGGGGAAGAUCGAGCAGGCGUCCGGGCUCGGCAUCCCGAUCGUCCUCGCGGACAUCGAGGACACGGAGAAGACGCUGAACCUCGUGAAGCAGACGCCGAAGAAGGCGGGGGUCGUCAUCUUCGGGUUGCCGUAUCAGCUCAUCGAUUUCCAUCGUCGGACGUCCGACCUGAGGAACGUGCAGACGGUGCUGCGGCCGGUGAAGCCGAGCGAUUUCUUGCGCGCGGCGUGGAAGCUCGCGAACGUGAACGCGCUCGGGGAGCCGGACUGGAUGCACGACACGGGCGGAGAAUGCGACGACGGCGUCGCGGAGAGGUUGAGAGCCGCGGAGGCGAACGCGGAUCACAACGCGGGGAGAGCCGCCGCCGACUCGGGCGCCUCCGCCUCGCCGGGCGACGAGGGCGACGGCGCGACCGCGGCCGCGGCUUCGAGCGCGAGCGCGGAGGACUUAAAGCACGAGCUUCUCGCGGGGAUGCGCGUGCUCCUCGUGGAGGAUAACGUCAUGAACCAACAGAUGGCGAAAUUUUCCAUCAUCCGCUCCGGCGCCGAGCUCGAGAUCGCGCAGCACGGCAAGGAAGCCGUGGACAUGGUCUCCUCGAGACUCGAACAGAAGCUUCCAAACUACGACUGCGUGCUCAUGGACAUGAUGAUGCCCGUGAUGGACGGCGCGACGGCGACGGUGCUCAUUCGAGAGCUGGAGAAGAAGCACGGCGCGGAGAAGCCGCACGCCAUCGUCGGUCUGAGCGCCAACGUCGGGCCGGAGUACACGGAUAAGGUGAAGAAAGCCGGGAUGAACGGCAGCUUGUCGAAGCCGUUCUAUCCGGCGACGCUGCGGAACGUUCUGGAGCAGGUGUACAAAGGGACGUACGCGGGGUUCUCGGGGAAAGGAGGGAAGGACGCGGCGGCGGCGGACAUACAGUCCAAGCCCGGGAACUAG